GGUUGAACUUCCGGGUUAAUUUUUAUUUCGAAAUUUUAUAAGAUUUACUAAUAUAUGUGACUUACACAUGAACAAGAGUUGCGAAAUAAGUUCACUAAUUAUUUUUGUAUUAGAUCCUUCAAAUUCUGAAUAAAAGAUUGGUAAUUAUGCCGCAGAAAAUCUGUGCACCGGACCUUCAAAAUAUUUGUUUGAGAAAUAUUGCUCAAAACAUGGACAAACAUUGGGCAGCUGACUAUAAAGACAAUUUCCACAACCAAAUGGACGUGUUGCAUCUAGUAGGACCAUUUGAAUAUUUCACAUCAGCAUUGAUCCAGAAGUUGAUUGAUGUGAUGAUCGCCACAAAGACGUUACGUCAUCAUCACUUCCAGCUAUUGAUACAUGCCAGGAUUGAGAAGGUCGACCUAUCAAAGUGUACCAUAGGAACGCUGGAUAAAGCUGUGAAGAUCAUUGGUCAGAGAUGUGAUAAAUUGAAAGUGUUGAACCUAGCCAACAGAUCAAACGUAUCAGCCAAGACCUUAGUACAGGUCAUCCCAGAGAUGUUUAACCUAGUCACAUUAAACCUAGAAGGAACAAAAGCCAAUGAUCAACUGCUUCAAUUUAUUGCAAAGAAUCUGAAGAGCAUCCAAGAUCUAAAUGUUCUAGGCUGUCCUGUCACAGAUACUGGCAUUAUCAAUCUCUGCAUGGACUUCACAAACGAGAACCCGAAGUGCAGCUUGUUAAGGAAACUUAUUCUCAGUAGUGGUCACUUGACUAGGAAAUCGGCAAUUAUUGCCCUGGGGCACUUACCUAGUCUCGAAUACCUCCAUCACCCAAGCAUUAUGGAAGCCCUCACUAUUAUACAUGGGGACGCAUUUGUAUCCGGGGCACCCAUAGCCGUUGAGGACACACACAAAAUCCGGAAUCUGACCCUCUCAGGGCUUGAUUCAAUCACUUCAACAUUGACUGAGAAAUGUUUUGAUAUUGCUGCCACAUAUUGUCCAAAUGUUACAGAAGUUGUGUUUCACCAUGAGAUUACGAACAACAUGAUGUCACAUCUGUCCAGGUUUAAGUAUUUGAACUCGUUAGAGCUGGCAGGGUCAAAUGAAGAUGACCCCAGUACAGUUAAUUUUGAAGAUGGACUUCUACCAUUAUUGUGUAAUAUCGGGAAGCAGCUCGUCAAGUUGAAUGUUGUUGAUAUGAAUAAGUUUGACCUUGAUGCCCUUGGUCAUUUCUGUCCCAACUUACGAGUGUUUCACUACACUACGAUGGAGCUUCCAACUGUAGAGUUUUCCGAACAUUUCUUGGCUAAAUGUUUGAACAAUAAUAUUAAAACUCCACACAAGCCUUUUUGUUACCUUAACCAGUUACAAAUUGUCAUCAUGAUGAAAAAUUGUGAAAAUCUAUCAGAGGCAAAAUUCAUCCGUCUUUUCAACAACUGCCAAAAUCUCCAGGAUUUGCACUUAUCUGGUUUACCAUCAUUCACUGAUGCUAUAUUUGACACAAUUUUGGAUUUGACAGAAAACUUGAAAAAUGUUAAUACACUGCAAUUGUAUGAAUGUGAUAACAUAUCGGAUGUUCCAAUAUGGCGUGUAGUCCAGAGUGAUAGUAUGUUGAAAACAUUGUACAUUAACCAUUGUAAUCAUUUUACAAGACAAAUCUACACAUCAAUGCUUCAGUAUAUCAAGACAUCAUGUCUAGAUUUGAAAUUGACUUGCAUGGAAUGGAAGGGUGUCUUGAAUGAAGGUGGUCACUUAGUUAUGUAA